UCAGCUAAUGGCAAGGAAUGCAUUGACGAUAAAACAGUGGACUGUCGUAAAAUGGACGCCACACUUGGAAUAUGCCGGGAUAAAGAGCACGCAAAUAUCCUGUGUCCAAAAUUCUGUGGAUUAUGCGAUAAAGUGGAUGGAGAAUGGACGGAGUGGUCAGUAUGGAGCACUUGCUCUGUAAGUUGUGGUAUCGGCAUACAGAGACGGCAGCGAAAUUGCUCGAACCCGUCACCAGAUACACGUGGAAAUUAUUGUGUAGGCUUGAACCUUAAUGACCGACUAUGUAAGCCGGGUGCUUGUUUUGAUGGCGGAUGGAGUCACUGGGGUGCCUGGACAAGUUGCAGUGUCACUUGCGGAGCUGGUUUCCAUUCAAGGUCUAGAAACUGCUCGGACCCUAGACCCUCACCUUUCGGCCGGUAUUGUAACGGAGAACCGAUGCAAGUGUCUCCUUGUCAACACAUCGAUUGUGAAGUUUCUGGAGGGAAAAACGCUAACGUCAUGUUCCGCAGUAGAGGUUUUACAACGAUGGGUUACAAAGUAGACAAUGGUACAGUUUUUGUAUACACGACGACAACGAUAAAUGAGGGUCAUGGCUAUAACAAUACUUCCGGAAUAUUUACUGCGCCGAUAGGUGGAUUUUAUUCAUUCUCCGUUCAAAUCUGUUCCCCUACAAGUCACCGCGGAGCAUAUGGAAUAUUUGUAAAUGGCGUGAAUAUUAAACCAAGUUACUACGGGAACAAUGGGAUAAUUUUGAGUCACACGACAGAUGCGGUGGCUAUUCUGAAAAAGGGGGAUAGAGUUUGGACACAAUGUAUAGUAAGGACAUGUUAUUUGCGUGGAGAUGGUGAUGUGUAUUGGAACACGUUCUCUGGGUAUUUAAUACAUCAAUAAAUAUAACUGUCAAUGUUCUCUAACUUUACCCAAAUACGCCUUUGGCCUCAAGCUAAAAAGACAGUCUUCAGCCCAAUAAAAAGGCCAUUAUGG